UUCACGAGAGACAACCUGUCCAUCCACAUGCUCUAAAUGUUAGCGAAUCCCAUUUUGGACCUGCUAUUGAUUAUACCAUUAAUUACAGGAAGAAAUCUCUAAACAGCGUUCCUACGGCACGCGACGUACAGCUGGCGCGGACCUCAGAGAAGACACUCCCAUCUAACGGUAUAACUGUGCGAAGAUUUCGUGAAAAUCGAAACACCAGAGAGAGUUCGUUUUAAGGCCAUGACAGUGGGUAAUGUUCACGACUGUGAUUAAGUGAUAUAAUUCUGGGCAGGACAGUGAUGUAGUUCGGAACACGACCUGUACUAUCGCGUGCAGGGCAUUCAAGAACGAGGCGCGGUUCAGGUGUACAAAAACACACUGACAUUUUCAAGAACCUGCAAAUUUCCUUGUUAUGUCACCAGUCUGGGUCCCACGUUAAGCUACACUCUGAGAAACGACUAAGAGCUUUGACGCCGACAGCCGACCACGUUAAUCCGAACCGGUGAAAAUCAUCCCUGCGACAACGCUCCACAAUGACUGCGCUAAACCCUGAUCGCUUCGCUGAUGCUGUUUAGUCACGAGGUGUCUGUACUUAACGACAAGAAGUGGUCAUUGUUGUCGACGUGUAAAUUACCCCCGUAGGCAGAUCGCCAACUAUGACGGUGUAUAAACAAAGGUCGUUCACCAUCUAACGUAUUAAUCCCAAAGAUGGUCUCAUUCACACAACACUAUCGGCACGAUCAACAGAGGACUGUGGAAACCUAAGUGAUUGACGUUACUGUGUUACCGCAUGUACGGCUACCCUUAAAGCACAGAAUGUGAUAAUGAGAUUGAAAGUGUGAUAUACUUGGUAUGUUGUAAUAGUGGGAUUUGCUGUUGUAUGCCAGUGUCGUGAUAGAUGUUAUCAAUGCCGCAAUUGAUUGUACUACGUCGUCAUACGAGUUUCGUUUCGUAUUAGUCGGAUGCCGAAUUUUAUCAAAACCUUUUGUCGGUGAUCAGAAUAAGAAUUAAAACAAUCAGAGUGUUUGUUUAGUGAUGUAUUUGUAAGAAUAUAGGUUUUAGGAUGAGAAAAUAAUUAGAAAUCUCCUUUUUGUCCUUUGGCAUUAUAUAUUUAAACAAUCUUUAAAUUCCACAUUUUAGGAGUAGCUGUGAAUCUAGUAUUUUGUAUGAAGCCCAAUUCUGGUGUCCCCAGCCGUGAUAUUGCUGGAAUAUUGCUAAAAGCGGCGUAAAACUAUACUCACUCACCCGCUGUAAGUAUUUGAAAAAACAAUAAUUGUAUUGGAUAAUAUAGAAUUGGUUUCAGCAGAAAUAAGCAACAUAAUUAUAAACCCCGACGUUAAUACGAAAAAGUUUAAGAAUAUAUGAUAUUUUUGGGAGGAUCGUAAACCAGUACAUCAUGAUAGAAAAACCUGAGGCUUGCAUGUGAAUGACUGUACUCUUCAUAUAGUAUCACCUGUUCCCAGACACGCAGAGCGCAUGCACUGGAAUAGAAACAAGUGAAGCGGUAAAUCCAAUACCUAAUUGGCUAGUGGGACUUGUGAUUAUCGCUAUACAAGUACCACGUGAUCAGUAGUAACAGGGUAACACAUUUAGGAUACUUACUGACCGACAAGGGCCGGGCUGACCACGCUAAUGGAUGUACUCAAUACAUGCAGGAAAUACUCCGAGGGCCGAAUAUUGUGACAUCAGCGUAUUCGUCUGUUACAACAGCUGAUCAUCAUGGGAUAUUUCAGUCAACGAAUGGAUGUCGAUGAAACUGUUUUGUUCUUCAAGUAAGUUUUGUACUGGAUGAAUACGGGAUCUUGUUGAACAGACUUUACUGCAGCUUAAUAUUUGUGAAUCCAGAUCGAAUUUCGUCGGGACUUUUAAACUCGGAGCAGAUCGUUUAGAUGAAAUCAACUGCGAUUUUACACAGGAAUCACAAAUGGCUUUGGUGAUUUCAGAUGGUCGGUGGCUAGGUGCCUGAUUCUGAGGGUGUGGGUUCGUGGGUUCGAAUUCCAGAUGGGACUCAAUCCAACAAAAGUAAUAGAAUCUGUACUUACUGAGAUAAUGUAAUCCAAAAGAAAAAACACACGUUUUAAUUCCAUCAGCAACUACUUUGAGAAAUAAUUCUCAUUUUGUCCCGAACCAGCAACUUCAUACGAUGAAAAAAGUGAACUGGAGAUUUAAUUGAAUUUAAAAUUGAACAUAGUUUAAAACGACGUUAAUGCAGCUUUCGUAAGAGCUACAGAAUCAAGAACUUAAAAGAGUUUAUCAGAUAUUAUAUGUACCAUUAAUGGGACUUUUUAGAGUUUUUAGAUGGAAAACAUAAUAAAAUAACUCUUCGAUAUUUUAAGCUUUGAAAUACAAGAGCAUGUUCGGCCUUUUCCUUUAAUUCAUAUAUAUAUAUUCCAUUAAUGCAUCAAUAUCUUUGUCUCAUGUAACAUAUGACUACUUAAUAGACAAUAAGAGUUUCUUGCAAUUAAAUAAAACAAAUCAGCCCGGGCGUCUUUCAACUACUCAAACAAAUGUCAAUAAUGACAAACAGUUAUAUGGAAAUUGAAAGCAGAUGUUCUAUUGGUUGAAAAUAAUGGAUGUUCUGAGAUGACCCCCGGGUCAAUGGCAGUGAUGCUGUAUUGAUCUCACUUGUCACAGAACAAAUGGUAGGUGGGUCUCUAGCAUAGUUUUCUAACUUGCAAAUGGCUCAUACCUAAUGCCUUACUGAGUUGGGGAAUCUGAUUAGAUAGGGUUCUCUAGGAAUAGGUUUGUCGGAAUUCGCUUAGGGCUACCGUCCGGACCGGCUGUGGUGUACUGGGAUAUAUUGGACAAUGUCCAGUCAGUGUGUCUAAAAAUAUACCCGAUAAUGGAUAUGUCGUACAACUGUGGAGACAUUAUCAAAUGUCAUUGAACAAUAUCAGUGUGUCCAGUCAGUCACGAAGACAGUGGACAUGGGAGACUACUACAACUGCUACAUCGGAGACUACUACAACGAUAGAUAUCAUUUUUAGUUAUAUUUCAUCCAUGUCAUUCUAAAUGGCUCAGAUUCUUGUACUUUUGGUAUCUGUCGCCAUGGUACCGUCAGUGUUCCCAAACGUCAUUAACCUUGGAAUCCUAGUGCCAAUAACGGGUCCAAAGAGAAUGGGACCCGAAAUUUACACCGCCGUCAACAUCUCCAUCGACCGCAUCAACUACGACGCCAACUUCACCGCACUACGAGAGAAGAACAUCACCUUCUCGUUCAUCGUGGAGGACACAACCUGCGAUGUUGGACAUGGGCUUUUUGAGUUCGUGGAAAUGGUUACCCACAGGACCAUUGCCUUCGAGAACACCCAUGCUUUUAUAGGGCCUUCUUGUAAUGACGUGUGUCUGUCUACGGGCCGGCUGGCCGGGAAGUGGGGAAUCCCCCUUGUCAGUUUCGGCUGUGAGAGUGACGUGCUGUCAAAUAAGGAACACUAUCCAACCUUCCUCAGGACCACGGGCACGUAUACAGGCAUGUCGACGUUCCUGUUGGAGACGAUGCUCCAUUUCAGUUGGUCAAGACUGACCCUGGUCAGCGGCCAGGAGAGCGUCUGGGUGGAGGCAGUAGCCGAAUUCGAGUUCAAGUUCCUGGAACAAGGACUUCAUGUUCGGCACUGGAUCGUGUAUGAAAAUACCAGCGACGCCAUGGUACAGAAAAUCUCAGAAGAAGCCAAGGAAACUCGAGUCUUCAUCCUGUGUGCCUAUGGCGACGAGAUCAUCCGACUGAUGAUGGCGGCGGAGGAGGCAGGGCUGAUGACGGGGGAGUACGCCUUCCUGGCCAUCGACUACGGUAACAGAGCUCAGAAGAGCGACAACCUGACAAUGCAUGUAGGAGACAAAACACUUAAUGGUUUACUCGAUAUAACGAUAGACGUUGAGCCGGAGAGUGAGGUGUUCAAGUCGUUCCUGCUUGAGAUGGAGAGCACUACCGUUGUAGGAACUGAAGGGGGUCAUUAUGAACACGGCAUACACCUGGCACUACUAGCGGACGCUAUAUACCUGUAUGCUGCAGCUCUCAACAGCAGCCUGGCCGACGGCGCAGCCAUAGACGAUGGCGUCUCAGUGGCAGAUCAUAUGUACGGGGUCGUCCUAUCAGGUAUUAGCGGUACGUUACAGAUACUGACGGACGGAAGUCGGCUUGCAGGUUAUAUGCUCCACAAUCUGGUCAAUGACCGGUACACACCGACAGCCAGAAGUCGUCUUGGGGGUCGCGGGUUCUAUGUUCUUAACAGCACAGUGGUAUGGCCCGGAGGAACGAAGACGCCACCCUCAGGACAACCUGCAUGUGGCUGGGAGAACGAACACUGCCCCGACAACACUAUUGCCAUCAUCCUGGGCAGUGUCGGCGGCAUCUGCGGCGCCCUUGUCAUCAUCAUCGUUGCUGGGAUCAUCAUCAGCAAACGCCGGAUUGCACAGGCUGACCUGCAGAGACUGGACUGGAGGAUCCCAUCCGACCAGCUGACCGUUAAACAAGGCAUCCGAUCCUUCCACGGAAGCAUGAUAAGUAAAGCAACAUUUGGGAUGCACGGGUCCAAGCUAUCUGUUCCCUCAGUCGACAGUGGUACGACAGUUGACUCCAGAGGAGGUCAGAUAUUCUCCAGGACUGCACUUUACGAUGGUCAAAUAGUGGCCUUGAAGACCAUCCACAAGUCUUACGUGGCCCUAACCAAGGACGUUAUUCAGGAGAUAAACCGAAUACGAAACCUGAAACACCCCAAUAUAAACCAACUGGUUGGUGUGUGCAUGGAGCCGAUGAAGCUGUGUCUGGUUUGGAUGUACUGCCCAAAAGGGAGUCUCGAGGACGUCUUGCACAACGAACGUAUCAAACUGGACUGGAUUUUCAAGUUCUCCUUUGCCUCUGAUAUAGUGAAGGGCAUGAUCUACCUCCAUCACUCUCCUGUGGAAUGUCACGGCCGUCUCAAGACUAGCAACAUCCUCGUGGACGGACACUGGUCAUGCCGGAUAGCGGAUAUGGCCAUGCCUUACUUCCGGGAGGGAGAACGUUCUAACAAGGAUGGGGAGCACGCAGAAUUUUACCAGAAAUUGUGGACUGCCCCUGAAAUACUUAGGGAUCCUGAAGAAUUUCCGAAGGGCAGCAAAAAAGGCGAUACAUUCUCUUUUGGGAUAGUGCUCCAAGAACUUAUUCUAAGGACUGGGCCCUAUGGAGAUUCUCAGUUGAACCCAAAAGAUAUAGUGUCUCGUGUGAAGACGACAGAGCACCCCCCCUACAGACCGGUGGUGGAGGGUGGGGAUGCUCCUGACGCCAUGCUGGACCUCAUGAGGAUAUGCUGGGAGGAGAUUCCUGCAUUUAGACCCAACUUCUCCACCAUAGAAUACAGCCUGAAGAAACUCAAUAAGGGAAAGGUGGUGAGUCUGGUGGACCAGAUGGUACAUAUGUUAUCCAACUACGCGGACCAUCUGGAGGAGUUGGUUGAUGAGAGGACCAACCAGCUGGAGGAAGAGAAGAAGAAGACCGAGGAGUUGCUGUGUAGAAUGUUGCCCAGAUCUGUCGCCGAGAACCUGAAGAAGGGGAAGAAUGUCGAACCGGAAUCUUUCGGCUCCGUCACCAUUUUCUUUUCAGACAUCGUAGGAUUCACCGCACUUGCAGCCAGUAGCACACCGUACCAGGUUGUCAACUUCCUGAACGAUCUUUACACCUGCUUUGACAACAUCAUCGACACCUAUGACGUGUACAAGGUGGAAACUAUUGGCGAUGCCUACAUGGUGGUGAGCGGACUUCCGGUUUCUAACGGAAUGCGGCAUGCUGGAGAGGUGGCUAUGAUGGCGCUGGAUUUGCUGAGCUCUGUGAAACACUUCACUAUAAGACACAUACCUGAAAAACAGCUGCAGUUGCGGAUUGGCAUCCACAGCGGUCCAGUCGUGGCCGGUGUUGUGGGACUGAAGAUGCCGAGAUACUGCCUGUUCGGGGACACAGUGAACUACGCCUCUAGGAUGGAGUCUUCCGGUCUAGCUCUGCGGAUCCACGUGAGUCCCGAAUGCAAGUUGGUGCUGGACAAGCUGGGGUUCCACGUGGAGCUCCGGGGAGAGGUGGUCAUGAAGGGCAAAGGAACGGUUGUUACAUAUUUCCUGAAGGGCAAAGACGGAUUUCAUAAAGAGUUACCUUCCCUGGACCUUGCUGUGCCUUUAGCUGAACACACAUUCAAAUAAUCAGCAAACAAUUCUUACAUUUCUAUACAUGUUUCCACUUCUAAAAGUUACAGGGGUUAGCUAGAGUUGGCAAUGCUACCCACACAAACCUGUCCUGCAUGCCCCUGUAGCAAUGUACGAAAAGCUACAUAUCAGUGCGAAUAUUUUUACAGUGAUCAAUUUGGUGCAUAAAUAGAAAAUACUUUAUUUACAUUUUUAAAAUCACAUCGUAAAUAAGGACACCCAAAGCUAUUGACAAUAAGAUCAUUCAUACAAUUGGAAAAACGUUUAUCGCAUUUUACUGUGUAUUUAUUUUACUUUAAAAUAGGCUUGUUUUUGUGUUAAUUUUCUAAAAAUAAACGAAUGUUUCAGUUCACAGUGUUACAUUCGUGCUGCAAUACAGAUAUUUAACUAGAUUAUCUAAAACAUUUUUGUGACUGUUCUGGUGUUCUGGUGUUUCAGUACCAUUUCAAUUUCUUCUUCAGAGAGAAUUAUGACGUUGUAUUUAAGACCACCCAUAAGAACAUAUUCUUCUACAACAGACUUAUAGGUGGUAUGUUGGAAAUCUGCCAAAAUGAGAUGAAUGCCAAAUGUAGAUCUUUGGAAGAUAAAUUUAACACGACAAAACAAAAAAGCAAAAAUUGUGAUGUUCUACAUACCAGUAGUUCCAGGUGUAUAUACAAAUUCUAAGAGACACCGUAUCCAUGGUAACGUAAUCUCGUAUAGUAUGUUAAUCCGGAUGUUUUAACCCAGAAAGGUUCUACAUGAAUGGGUUAAGUUUUCAUUUGAUGUGAAACAGUAUACAUAUACAGGAAUCUGUGAUACCUUAACCAACAUUGUUGUAUUUUUGUAAAGACAGAAUGUGACAUUCUUAAUAAUUUUUAUGUUGCGAUGUACAGAGUUUUUAUGUAUGAAAUCAUGUGUACUGCAAUGUGUAUGACAUCACGACUGACAUAUUCAUAUGUAUAUAGCAGGGUAUGACACACGUGUUACAAGACAAACAGACCGGAUAUUGCCAUAAACUGAUUAUAUAAAGAAAACCGUCAAAGAUGAACUGUGGUAUAGAUGUUUCAUAUAAUACAUUCCCAAUAUAUGUACAUGUCAACAAAGAGUUUCUUCAUAUGUACAUGAUUGUAUUCAGUGCCACUGGCGAAUAACACACGCAGGGAACAGAGUUGUGUCCCUUAUCUGUUACAGGAUCAGCUGGUUAGGGUUUGAAUUCCUGUCUGUCCUACUCAAGUCAUGCAUGUCUGAAACCUGAUCAUCAGUGUGGGAUUUCCAGAAUGCUCUAACAACCCGUGAUAUAACUGACAUAUUAUUGUAAGCGGUGUUACCUCAGCCACCCACCCACUCACUGAACCACUGUUGUGGGUGUAUUUCGUGAUGACAUGUUAUCAAUAUCUGUCCACCAUAAAUUGUUUAACUUGAAUUUGACGAAAAAGCGAGUCAUACGAUGGAGACAGCAAGUAUGUCAUAUAUCUUUGGGGGUUUGAAUGUGAUAAAACGAAGUCAUUGUAACUCUUUUAUUUACGUAACUAUAUAAAUUGCAUGAAAGGUUUUGCAACAGCAUCUUGACAUCUUGACAUCAAGC